UGCAACUUUCGGAGUUUAAAAGCAACAGUUGGACUACCACUGCGCUGCAGAUUCCUUCUGGCUUUUAUUUGGAUGUAACAGUUUCCAAGAAACAGCAGGUCAAAUUUGAAAGCUGUGACUACCUAGGUCAACACUUAGCGGUCAAAGCCAUCACCGUCACCACCAACGCCAACUUGUUCUUUGACCUGUAACAUCAACAGAAUACAGAGUAAGAGAACCGCGCAGAACAGCUGGAACCAUGGCGGAGAACGUGGAGAACGAGGAGACCAAUGAGGAUUUUGAGUAUUUUCUGUCGUGCCAAAUCUGCUUAGACACCAUAGUGGAUCCCGUGUCCUUGGAAUGCAACCACAGCUUUUGUAUAAGGUGUGUGUGUAAUUUCUGGGACCAGGAUGAGCAGAGGCACUGCCCAGUCUGUCAGAUGCCAGCUCCCAAGGACACUCCGGAGGUCAAUAUGACCUUGAAGAACCUUGCCGACACGUUCACUGGGAGGAUUAAAGACAACAGUAGUUCAGCGACAACUGAGGAAGGUAUCUGUCGUAAACACUCUGUGAAAUCAAUAAGAUUCUGUGUGACUGACAACAAGCUGAUAUGUGAAGAAUGUGAGGGUGUGAAGGAGCACAUGGAACACAAGGUCAUUCGUGUCAAGGACAAGGUGGGGGAAAUAAGGCAUUUCAUUUUUGGGGAAACCAUGAAAAUGAAGCAACAGCUGGAGGAAUGUACUGAUGCUGAGGAGAACUACGUGAUCAUGACGAAGCAUGUGAAGGUCCAGCAAUACGUGGUUGAGCAGAAGAUCAAGGACGAGUUUCAGCAGCUUCAUCGGUUCCUGAGAGAGGAAGAGGAGGCCAGGCUGGCCGCAGCAGAAGAGGAGGCCGAGAGGAACCAGAGGGUCAUUGAGAGAGAGCUGAAGAUCGUGCGAGGACAGAUCCACGCUCUGACUGAGGCCAUCAGUUACUCGCAGAAGACCCUGACAAAAGAUGAUAUUUCAAUUUACCAGGCCAGCAGUCAGCACAAGAAACGAGCGACCAACACACUGAUGAGCCCCCACAUGAUGGCUGGGGCCGUGAUGGACGUCGCCGGACACCUAGGCAACCUAAAGUUUAAAGUCUGGAGGAAGAUGAUGGGGAUGGUGGACUAUUAUCCAGUGAUCCUUGACCCCAACACAGCAGAUGGCUGGCUCGAUGUGUCUGAGGACAUGACCACUGUGUCGGAGAUAGGAAGCAAACGAGUUGUACCGGACAACCCCGAGCGCUUCACGAAAUACAUCUACAUCCUGGGCUCCGAGGGCUACAGUGAGGGCCAGCACUGCUGGGAGGUGGAGGUGGGAGACAGGAAGAGGUGGAGCCUGGGCGUGGCCUACAAGUCUGUUGAGAGGAAGGGGGAGACUUACCUGGAGCCCAAGUUCGGGUUCUGGACCCUCUGGAUGACGGAGGACUGCUGCACUAUGGGGGCGGUGCCCUGUUUUCUGGACAAUAGACCCAAGAAGGUCAGAAUCGAACUGGACUGUGACGAAGGACAUCUGUCCUUCUACGAUGCCACCGAUGACCGGCCCAUGUUCCAUAUUCACACGUUCAGAACAGAGUUCACCGACACGCUCUACCCCUUCUUCAGCACAGAGACAGAUGAAGGUGAAAUACCCCUCCAGGUUUGCCCAUUCAAUGUGUCUGCGGACGCUGCGGCCAGUGAGAACACGGCCGGCACCAAGCAAUUCAACUGGGGGGGUGGAACUGUACUGGCUAAGGAGGAACCUGCUGAAAAAAACGGCAAGAAACCAGCUUAGGCUGGUAGCUGGUUUUAGCAGGUUUUAGCUGGUCUUUGCUGGUUUUCUUCCAAAUAUUGCUGGUCUUUGCUGGUGUAGCUGGUUAACUAUCAUAGGGUGGUCAAAUAAGCUGGUUAACAAGCUGGUCAACCAGCAAACCACCUUUAGCUGGUCAGGCUGUUUUCAGCAGGGGAGGGCUAGCAUGCACUAAUGGCUUCCCCCACUGUGUCCCUGAGCAACGCACGUAACCCCAAGUUGCUCACAGUGUUAACAAUGUAAUGACAAUGUAAUCCCUUGUAAUAUAUGUACGUCAUGUAAAUCACUGUGGAUUAAAAAAGUGUCUGCUAAAUGUAAUGUAAUGUAAUAAAACACCAUGAAAGAUGUUUAUUGAAGAGAUGGUUUGUACUCAACUAAGAAAACAUGAUUAGGCUAACAUGUUAGUGCCCAUGCCCAACCUGUGCAAGUUCCUAGGUCAAAGGUCACCCUACCUGGCUGUUUGAAUUACAAGUAACACAUGUGAUGACAGAGGGGGAUAUUUUCAGCGGUCUAUUGGUGACUACAUCAUAUAAUGUGGAAU